AAAUAAACGAGCCCUUAUACAGCGACCACCUCCAUCACAAAACCCCUUUUCACUUUCCCAAUUCUUGCACAGCUUAAACCCACCACUAUGCACUGCUAAUCUCCAAGGGAGAAAAUGGGUUGGAAGGCAGCGCAAAAACUAAUCCACCACUGGAAGAUACUUAGAGGUGAUAAUGUUAUGAUAAUGAGGGGUAAAGAUAAAGGGGAGACUGGUAUCAUCAAGCGAGUAGUUCGUUCUCAAAAUCGUGUGAUUGUCGAGGGCAAGAAUUUGGUGAAGAAGCAUAUCAAGCAAGGGCAAGGUCAUGAAGGUGGGAUUUUCUCGGUGGAAGCUCCCCUUCACGUCUCAAAUGUUCAGAUGGUGGCUCACAUUUACUCUUUUAGGAAGCCCUGCAAGGUUGGGAUCAAAUACUUAGAAGACGGUAGCAAAGUACGAGUAUCCAGAGGAACAGGGGCAUCGGGAUCAAUAAUUCCUCGUCCAGAGAUCUUGAAGAUAAGGAGCACUCCUAGACCAACCAUUGUUGGCCCGAAAGACACUCCAAUGGAACUGGUCUUGGAGAAAACUUAUGAUGCUAAAACUGGCAAGGGAAUGCCUGAUCUUUAAUUAUUAUUAUGGAAGCUGUUGCUUUUAUUUAUCUAUUUCCUUUAGCAGUUUCUAUUGUGUUUGUGGCUUGGAACACCACUCUUGCAACUUGGCUUUGCACUUGGAUUAUUGUAACAGUGGUCUUCUUAUCAAGUUUAUAAAAUAUUUAAGUUCCAGCUUCAAUCAACUUUUAGAGGGGCUUAAAGAGAGCAGAAAGUUGAAUUGUGAGAGAAAGGAUAUGUAGUACAUUAAAUGUGUGCAUGUAACUGUGUUUCCAGUUCAACCUUCUCAUU